AUGCAACCACUCAUUCUCUACAAUGCUGUCCUUCAAGGAUUCGUCUAUAACGUCUUUCUCCUAAUGUUUCGUGUAUUCAUUGCUGCUCAAAUUACAGGUGUUUCUAAAAUGAUUGAUACCAUGGCCACCAAAAAGAAACAAAAGCAAGGAGUUAACAAUAGUGAUUCCUCUCUCGAAGAUCAGAAACCUUCCUCAUGGGCCUCUCGUGCUGAAUUAGCUGGCAACAUUCACAGAAAUGAUAUUGAAAAUGUUUUGCCAUUCAUCAUGAUUGCAAUUCCAUAUGUUAUUGUCUCAACAAUGAGCUAUAACUCAACUACUGAUCCUCAAUAUUCCUUGUGGAAUGCCAUUGUGGGGAAUAUUCUGAUGGCAAGCUUUACCCUUUCCAGAAUGGUCUACUUUUUCAUGUAUUGGUUCAAUUUACAACCUUGGAGAACAUUGGUUUGGUUUUGGGGAUUAUUGAGUACUGUUAGUUUGGGUAUUUAUACAAUCAUUUGCAUGUAUGUCUUGUAA